CCUCCCAGCCACCUCAGUGCCGUCCUUCAGAUUUUAAUCCUGUUAGCCUGUGCCUGGAUUGUGCUAAUCUGCAAAGACAGCGAGUCAAUCAGAGACACGCGGCCGAACAGGAGAGAGAGUGGCAUGAAAUACUUUUCAUACAAACUGACGCAGGAUGUUUAGCUGGGUGGUGAAAGUUGUUCCCCAGCCUCCCGAACCACCCCGACCCCUGGGAGAGGAUGUGAAGCCGGAGCCUGAGCCCACACCACCUCCUCCUGCGCCGGUAACGAAACCUGUUGAAGUGAAAGAGAAAAUUUCCCAACCCCAGAAUGUUGCAGCUAAACCAGUCGAGAAGCCGCCAGAACCAGCAGAGAAUUCAUCAGCAGCGUCUACAGAGGAAAAGAGUGCUUCUGGAGGGGUGUUGAGUUGGUUCUCCCAGGGACUGGACAGUGUGCUGCCCAAGCCAGUGGAGAGUCUGCGGCUGCCCAGAGCCAGUGCAGAGACAGAGCAGCAAACCAAACAAGAGGAACAGAAAAACGUGUCUCAGGCCAAGGAGAAUGCAGCAGCCACAACUAGCGAACCAGAAGAAGAGCAGGGCGGGGUGUUCAGCUGGAUAGUGCAGGGACUGGCCAAGGUGGUCCCCCAGCCCGAAGACAAGUAUAAAGAGCCUGAAGUGGAGGAGAACCCCACAGAGGUGGAAACAGUCAAAGAAGAAGAAAAGCCACCAUCGCCAGUGGAAGAACCGGGAAUUAAAAUUAUCGAGGUAGUGUCAGUGUCGGAGGUUUCCAAAGACGCCGUGUCAGAAAUCGACAACACAGCUCAGACCAUGCCUUCCUUCCCAGCAAGCACGGCCAGUGUGUUCAGCUGGCUCAAACAAGGACUUGAGAAGAUGGUGCCCCAGCCUGCAGAGCUGCACGCGCCUCUCAACACAGAGACUGCGCAGAAGCAGAAGCUGGCAGAAAAGAAGGAGGAAGCACCUGCAGCUAAACCUGAAGCACCAGCGAAGAAAGAGGAAGUAAAGGAGCCGCCCCCACCUGUUAAAGAGACAGCAGCACCUGCAGAGGCAGCACCACCUGCAGAGGCAGCACCACACGCAGAGGCAGCACCACCUGCAGAGGCAGCACCACACGCAGAGCCAGCGAAAGUCCCAGAAGCAGCUCCUAAACCAACCAGUGCUGUAAGCUGGUUUGUUCAAGGGCUUGAGAAGGUUGUUCCACAGCCUGUGACAAGAUCCAAGCAGGACAAGACAGAGGAGAAAGAUGAUGGAACUUCAAGUCAAGUGCAACAAAUCUCUAUCCUCCCGGAGACUGUGAAGGACAUUGUCGUGGAGGAGGUGGACUCGGACUGGGAGAAUGAAAAACAAGAAGAGCCCGAGGGACAGCUGACCCAACUGGAGCCUGAAAAGGAGACCCCAGCAAUGACCAUGCAGGAGCAGCAGCAAGGGGAAACACAGGAGGAGGACACACAGACCCUGGCAGCGCAACACCAACAGCCACAGAAACCACUGAUUCAGACCCGCAUAGUGGAGCUGGAAGACGCAGAGACGCAGACAGAGAGAUGGACACCUCUCCUCCAACAGCAACAAGCAGAGGCCGCUGAGGAAAAAAGUCCAGAAGAGAAGGCGGAGACAGAGCACUCUGAGGAGGAAGAUUUGCCCUAUAUCCCAGAGGAGGAUGAAGAGGAUCCAGAGUUACAGGUUCCGUACGAGCAGAGUGAGGAUGAAGAGGAGAUCUUCGAAGCUGAGAGGAUAAAAAGGUGCCUGGUGGACGUGUGUCCAGCUGGGGGCUUCCCUGUCAGAGAGAAGCCAGGGCAGGAAGUCAAAGUUGUCCAAGAGGAAGAGCCAGUAAGGUUAUCAGAACCAAUACAGGAAGUGGAGACAUUACAAGAACCAGAGCCAAUACAGGAAGUGGAACCAGAACCCGAACCAGAAAAGGAAGUUGGGCCAGUAGAACCAGUGAAGGAACCAGAGCCAGUAAAAAAAGAAGAAACAGAAAAGGAAGAAGUAGUUGCACCUCCUGUGUCCUUUGAGAAGGAAGAAGAAUCGCAGGUGAUUGAAGAGGAGUGUGAAGAGGGCUCCAAAGUGAGCCUGCACCCAGCUGUAAACAUAGAAGAUGUAGACUCAGCUGGAGGCUCCAGCAGCGCCCCCGGAUCUCUCUCGCUCCCGUCCAUCGUUCACCCGUCGUCAGCGCACGCCAGCACCACCCUGACCGUGCCUGGAGUCCCUGCCACAGCCAGGAGGGCAGCAACGGAUAAAGAAAAGAAGCUGUAUUCCCAAGGGGACAGUGUGGAAGAGGCUGAGACUACAAUCAAAGCCUGGCCCAGUCAAUGCAGCCUGCAACCAGAGGAGGAGGAGGAUCGGGCACCGUCUGUGACCAGCCAGACCAGCGCCAUCGUGAACGAGAGGCUCCAGGAGCUGGUCAAGUUGUUUAAGGGUCGAACGGAAAAAGUGAAGGAGAAGCUGAUUGACCCUGACAGCAGCUCAGAUGAGGAGAGCCCCACUGCAUCUCCCGCGAAGAAAGCCCCGCCCCCUCCCCCACCUCCCGAGGUGAAGAAGGAGGAGGAGGAAGAGGAGCAUUACUGCGAGAUGCUGUGCUGCAAAUUCAAGACCAUGCCCUGGAUGAUGCGGCUGAAGGAAUAUCGCUUCCCCGCAAGCAUCGACCCCUACACCAAUCUGAUGUACGUGCUGUGGCUGUUCUUUGUGACCUUGGCCUGGAACUGGAACCUGUGGCUGAUCCCCGUGCGGUGGGCAUUCCCCUACCAGACUCCCGAUAACCUUUACCUGUGGCUGCUCAUGGACUACCUGUGUGACCUCAUCUACAUCCUGGAUAUCUUCAUCUUCCAGGCCCGCCUGCAGUUUGUGCGCGGCGGGGACAUUAUCACUGACAAAAAGGACAUGAGAGAAAAUUAUAUGAAAUCACAAAGAUUCAAGAUGGAUGUGAUUUCCCUUUUCCCCCUGGAUCUGCUGUAUUUAAAGCUGGGUGUGGUAUCAGUCCUACGAUUUCCACGGUUAUUAAAAUAUAGCGCCUUCUACGAGUUUAACGACCGUCUCGAGGCAAUUCUGAGUAAAGCAUACAUUUACAGAGUUAUCAUAACGACUGGAUAUUUACUGUACUGCCUGCACUGCAACGCCUGUCUGUUUUACUGGGCAUCUGACUACGAAGGUCUUGGAUCAACAAAAUGGGUUUAUGAUGGAGUGGGAAACAGUUAUAUCCGAUGUUACUACUUUGCCGUGAAGACUCUGAUCACCAUCGGGGGACUGCCCGACCCAAAGACCCUCUUCGAAAUCAUCUUCCAGCUUCUCAACUACUUCAUUGGAGUGUUCGCUUUCUCCGUCAUGAUUGGUCAGAUGAGAGAUGUGGUCGGGGCAGCGACUGCUGGGCAGACUUAUUACCGAGCCUGCAUGGACAGCACCAUCAACUACAUGAACUUGUACAAGAUCCCUCGCAGUGUUCAGAAUCGGGUCAAGACCUGGUACGACUACACCUGGCAGUCCCAGGGCAUGCUGGAUGAACAGGAACUGCUGGUGCAGCUCCCGGAUAAGAUGAGACUGGACAUCGCUGUCGAUGUCAAUUACCAGAUCGUAGCGAAGGUGGCGCUCUUUGAGGGUUGUGACCGACAGAUGAUUUAUGACAUGCUGAAGAGGUUGAAGUCUGUGGUGUACCUGCCGGGGGAUUUUGUCUGUAAGAAGGGGGAGAUUGGAAGGGAGAUGUACAUCAUCAAAGCCGGGGAGGUGCAGGUGGUAGGGGGUCCGGAUGGGAAGACCGUCUUUGUUACACUGCGAGGCGGAUCUGUGUUCGGGGAAAUCAGCCUGCUGUCUGUAGGAGGUGGGAACAGGCGGACAGCUAACGUGAUGGCACACGGUUUCGCCAACCUGUUUAUCCUGGACAAAAAGGACCUGAACGAGAUUCUCAUCCACUACCCCGAGUCGCAGAAGGUGCUGCGCAGAAAGGCCAAAAAAAUGCUAACCAAAGACACCAAAAAGGCAGAGGGGGGUGAGCCGAAGGGGGUACAGCACGUGAUCCCCCCUAGACCCGAGACCCCCAAACUCUUAAAAGCUGCACUCGCACUCACCCUUAAAACCAGAAAGAGCGGGUCCUUCAGCAAGCUCAAGAUGAAGAAAUCCAGCUCUGUGGAGCCUUCCAGCUCGAUGCCCGUGCCGCCUGCCUCCCCAAUGCACCAUCGCUCGCCCGUCCCGCAGACCAAGCUAGCGGAGGAUGACGAUGAUACAGAGGACAUGGUGUCGGAGACCGUGGACGGCUCCAUGGUGCUCCGCAUGAGCCCUUCACACACAGGCGAGGAGUAGGUCCUGACUGUGGAAGGGGUGCCCAAAGAGAAAGAGGACCCCAAGGACUAACCACCAGCCAUUGGAGGAGACCCAAACAUUCACUGUGCUUGGCAGUGAUCCACACACUGCAGGGAGAUCGGCCGUUGUCCGCUGCUGCGUUGAGUGCUGGAUUGAACUCACCCGAUGCAGUACAUCAGCGCAGCCUCCAAUAACAGCAUUGUAACUGCAGUUGUGAACUACAGCUACAGCGCGGUUAACCCUAAACUACCAUUACAGGGAGCUCCUCUGUUCAUCUUAACUGUUAUUUGUCCCGAUUGUGUGUAACAGUAAGUGUUGCAUUUCCAAUGAGAAAUUAUUUUUUCAGCAGGACUCACUUACCGAAUAGUAAGGGCUACUUGUAUGGUAAUGUUGUACACGGCUUAAAAUAAGCUCAGGCAUGUUUUUGUUUUGUUUCUGUUUUGGAUCUUGUUGUCCUGCAAAUAGCCUAAGCUGUACCUGCUGGGGGGCAGGCUGUGAGGCUGCCUGUCAUCACAAACCAUGUGUGGUCUGGCUCCAAGUCUGGUGUUGUCCACCUAAGCUGCCUAUCUCAGAACCAAGGAACUCGCCACUAAGCCAGGGAAUUAAAACUCCGUUCUUACACCCUUGCUUCUCUGUGUAGUAACACAGUACGCUGUAUACUAAAGUACAAGCCUUCAGCAUGUCACACUCUCAAAUGCGACGCUUUGUGAUGUCUUUUUAUGUUGCUAUGUAGAAAUCCAUUCAGAUGGGCUUAUGAUAAUGUGAGUGUAGAUGUUUCCGGGGGUGAAGUUUAAAAGUUACUCUUGUUGUACAGCUCAAAACAUGUUGCAUAGUUAGUGGGCUGAAGCAGGAGACCACCAUGCUUUGAGCAUGAUGUCUCACUCUCAUUCCUGAACAGGGCCGUGUUCGAGCACAGAAGCAUUAGAAAACAUCCCCGACACUGGAGACCUCUGCUUUCCAUAGGCUCACAUACUGGAGCGAUCGUAAGCAAACGUGUUUGGCACCUUCCUUCUGGUAGCUGAACGCUCCUUUAAUUUCAGUGCCACUCGGGAGGGUGCUUUUUGAAACAAUGUCCAAUCAGAGUCAGGAUUGGAAACACCAGAACUCAAUACACUGUACUUCAAAAACAGUGAAUUAGCAAGGAACUUUUUACUUUGUACUUUUUGUGUUCAGUUCAAGUGCUGUAGAGAGUCAAGCUAAAGCUUUCAUUGUACACUACAUACAGACAUACAUGUAAAGUGUUCAGUCAGACCAAAUCUAAUUUGUGAAGAAUCAAAAUUGUGAAAUAAUAAAGGUGCACCAUGUUCCUUCUGAUCACAAAAAGGCCAUUUCAGGAUGAACAUGGUGUGCUUCGUUUUAACUAACAUUCUCAAUUAUGCACAUCUUAUUUAAGCAAAUAGAAUAUAUUUGAUUUUAAUGUAUACAGAUUUUACUGUGCUUAAAUAUGACAGCGUUUUAGGUAAAAAAAUAGUUUUUUUCCUUCUUUUUUUUUUGCAAUAAAUUGUCAAAAAAUGUGUAUGAUGCAUUUGAAUAAUCUUUUAAUAUGCCGCUGCUUGUUAAUAAAGUACACCAGGCUAGUGAA